AUGGGCAGCCGACGAAGGGAGGAGCAAAGGAAGACGCGAUUUAUAGGAUCUGAUGCUCUUAUCCCCGCCUCCGGCCAUGCUUCCUCGUCGCCAACUACGGCCACCUCAUGUAUACUCUCUGCCUCGCGGCCGCAUCCGGCCCGCAGCCGCCAUCUGACCUUUACGUACGACGACGGCGGCACCGCCGACGACUACCACUCCACCAUCCGCUCCCUCAACUCGCACGGACGCCGCUACGUCCCCCGCAAAUCCCUCGGCCAGGAUAAGCAUAUGGCUACGCUUGUGAAAGAUAGGUUUGGAUCCACAGUGCAAUUGAAGAUCAUUGAAGAAGAUAUCACAAAAUUUCACCUUCACUCACAUUUUGUCCCUAUCCUUGAGGACAAAUCCCAUGGCAAGGUUGUGUCAAACUUACCAUUCAGUGUCAGCACUGAAGUUGACGAACAAAUUCCCCCAAUGGGUGUUUUCUCUGUCAUGAUGCUUAUGCUUCAGGAUGAAACAACACUAAACCUUGCAAAUGCUUCAAUACAAACACCAGAGUACCAACCUACUAUCAAUUUGUUUGCUAAUUUCUACUGUGGGAAGAGGGUCUUCCUUUAGUGUUACCUAUUUGAGACCUACUCCCUCCGUCCGGAAAUACUCGUCAUCAAAAUGGAUAAAAAGAGAUGUAUCUAGAACUAAAAUACAUCUAGAUACAUCCACUUUUAUCCAUUUUGAUGACAAGUAUUUCUGGACGGAGGGAGUACAUAUCACUACACAAUGCUUCAAUAGAAACUCCUUCAGUGGCUAGCAUUCUCUGACAGUCCCACAGCCACCAUUCGAUGGGAGCCCCCACGUGGAUUGUGGACGCCCCCCUCAGUUAGCAAGGAGACACUAGACAAUCCUACGAAG